UUAUUAAAAACCCCGAAACCAAAUGGGAUAGAAAACGGAAAUGCUUUGCGCUAAUGUCGCUCCCUUGCCCAACUACAGUUGCCCCAUCCCAGCUUCUCCUCACAUCCUUCCCUGUCGUUCCCAUCACAGACUAAAAUCUAAUUCUGUUUCCCUUCCUAAAUCCCGCAGUCACUCCAAAAACAUCUCUUCCCUCACUCUCCUUACCGCAAGCAAUUGCAAUCACAAAGACCAAGACAAUCACCAUACCAGCAAAAGCACAAGCUACUCACAUCCAAGAUACAGUCUUUCUUUAUUUGAUCAAUUCCGAUCUUUCAUUGACAGUAACUCCAUCACUGACCAAAACCCAAAAACCCGAAACCAAGAACAAGGAGAGAAAAAGGAAGAAAAACAAGAUUCCCGUAUCAAGAAACCCAAACGACUUUUCACAAACAUGUGGUGGGUAGAUUUGAAAGCGGCGUUGGGCCAACGAAUCAACGUUGAAGGGAUUGUUUCUUCGAUGGCAGUGUUGGUUAAAGAGCAGCAUUUGGCUCUCCCGCACGUAGCAGUGCGUGAUAUAAGGUACAUUGAUUGGGCAGAGCUGCAUAAAAGAGGUUUUAAGGGUGUUGUCUUUGAUAAGGAUAAUACAAUCACAGUGCCUUACACUUUGACACUGUGGGGUCCUCUUGGUUUAUCGAUAGAGCAGUGUAAAUCGGUUUUUGGCAAUGAUCUGGCUGUGUUUAGUAACUCAGCUGGCCUAUACGAGUAUGAUCAUGAUGGUUCCAAAGCCAGGGCACUCGAGAAGGCAAUUGGGAUCAAAGUCAUAAGGCAUAGGGUUAAGAAACCAGCUGGAACAGCUGAAGAAAUCGAACAGCACUUUGGGUGUAAAUCAUCGGAACUUAUCAUGGUAGGUGAUCGACCCUUCACAGAUGUCGUUUAUGGAAACCGGAAUGGCUUUUUGACCAUAUUAACAGAGCCAUUGAGUGUUGCUGAGGAGCCAUUCAUCGUUAGGCAGGUGAGGAAACUAGAAGUGUCACUCACCAACUAUUGGUUUCGAAGAGGAUUGAAGCCAAUUAGUCACAGUCUACUGAUAGAUGCUGAGCAAUGCAUAAAAGAUCCGCCACCUUUGUAAAAAAGUCGAUAUAUGCAACAUUACAAUUGUAGCAGCUAAUUUUUUUGAAUGAGUCAUGUCUUAUAUAUUUGUUUCUUUUAUUUGUUGUUAUAAAAUUUUUAAGAUUGACAGCAAUCUUAAUAUGAAAUCCAAUUUUGUA